AUGUCCACCGUCUCCUCAAAUUGCUAUUUGACGCGCCUUUACACGAUUGUUCGUCGUCUCAGCACCAAUGGGUUUCAUCCGCCCCCAGCUAUUGCUUCUCGGGUGCUUGCUGUCGACGUACGUCGCAGCAGCACCCUCCCUUUCCUACACUUGGAAGAACGUGAAGAUUGGCGGAGGUGGAGGGGCCUCGCAUACGCUAGAACGGACAUCGGAGGCGCGUACAGGCUGAACCCGGAAGACCAUACCUGGACUCCUCUCUUGGAGUUUGUCGACGAUGAGCGAUGGAACUGGUGGGGUGUAGACGCGCUAGCGACGGACCCAGUUGACCCUAACCGCGUGUACCUGGCGACUGGAAUGUAUACCAACUCCUGGGACCCAAACAACGGUCAAAUCCUGAUUUCUGCUGACCGAGGCAACACCUGGAACUCUACCAAACUCCCCUUCAAAGUCGGAGGAAACAUGCCUGGUCGCGGAAUCAACAACAUCCUGUAUUUCGGGGCCCGAAGUGGCAAUGGACUGUGGAAGUCGAUCGACUACGGCGCGUCAUGGACGAAUGUCACCCAGUUCCCUAGCGUUGGCACAUACAUCCCCGUCCCUGGCGACAGUAAUGAUUACAACACUGACAUCGUCGGCAUUUCCUGGGUUACUUUCGAUGAGACUUCCGGACAAUCUGGCCAACCAACGCCAAGAAUCUUCGUUGGUGUAGCAAACAAGGGCUCAGACAAUAUCUUCGUGUCAGAGGAUGGCGGAAACACAUCUCCUCAUCGCGAUUUAGGGUCUGCGGUUCCUGGCCAAAAUAAUGCAUUCUUGCCUCACAAGGGAGUUCUUUCGCCUGUUGAACAAUCUCUCUACCUUUCCUACUCUGAUGGUGCUGGACCGUAUGAUGGUGGAUUUGGGGCUCUCUACAAGUACGAUAUCACUUCCAAAACCUGGACCGACAUCACUCCUGUCUCCGGCGACGACCUCUACUUUGGGUUUGGCGGCGUCGCAGUCGACCUACAACGCCCCGGAACAGUCAUGGUCGCCGCUCUGAACUCUUGGUGGCCUGAAGGUCAAAUCUUCCGCUCGACCGAUGGUGGGGCCUCUUGGUCCACGAUCUGGAGCUGGGGUAACUGGCCCCAUUUGAACAAACACUACUCGUAUUCGAACAGCCGCGCACCGUGGUUGGGCGUCAACCAUGUGGAGACUGAGGCUGGCAUCCUGCAGGUCGGUUGGAUGAUGGAAGCACUGGUCAUUGAUCCCUUCGAUUCCAACCACUGGCUGUAUGGAACAGGAGCCACAAUCUAUGGUGGGCAUGACCUCCUUGAAUGGGACAGCAAACACAACGUGACGCUUGAAUCUUUGGCCGAUGGUGUCGAGGAGACCGCCAUCCUCGGGUUGAUCUCACCCCCUUCUGGCCCCCAGCUUCUUUCAGCCGUUGGUGACCUCGGAGGUUUCGUCCAUCAUUCUUUGUCCGAGGCACCAGCAGAGGGUUUCAAGAACCCAACAUGGGCAACCUCUUCCGACAUCGAUUAUGCUGGAAAAAGGCCUAACAUUAUUGUUCGAGUUGGGACUGGCGAUAGCUCAUCAGGCAAGCAAGUCGCGAUUUCCUCUGACUCGGGAACGACAUGGCAAGAACACUAUGGGGCAGCGGAUAACGUUUCGGGUGGCAAGAUCGCCAUCUCGGCUGAAGGGGACACCAUCCUUUGGCGAACGAGUGGAAACGGGGUCCUUGUGUCUCGACACAUGGGCUCUUUUACUCGAGUCACAUCUCUCCCUUCAUCUGCUGCCAUUGCCUCUGAUAAAUUGGAGAACAAUAUCUUUUACGCAGCCGCCGGUUCGAGUUUCUAUGUUUCCACCGAUCAUGGUACCACCUUCGUUCAAAGAGGCAGUCUUGGAGACUCGGAAUCUCCUUUCCAGGUGGCUGUUAAUACUAACCAGACCGGAGAUAUAUGGGUGUCGACGGACAAGGGACUGUUCCACUCCACCGAUUCAGGAGAAAGCUUUACGCAAAUCGAGGGCAUCACUCAAGCGUGGUCGGUUUCACUAGGAGCACCAGCAGCCAGUGAAGAUUAUCCUACCAUCUUCGUAGCCGCGAACAUCGAUGGGAUCGCUUAUUUCCGCUCAGACGAUGCUGGUGUAACUUGGGCCCGAAUCAAUGACGAAGGUCGUGGCUUCGGAACACCUAGUGCCAACUGUUUGGUGGCAGAUUCUCGCGUUCAUGGCCGUGUCUACAUCGGGACUAAUGGUCGUGGAAUUUUCUAUGGCGACUUGGUUGCCGCCUAGCCAUUGGGCUACUGUAACGUGUACUUGAUUCCUGUUUUAUUUGGCCUUAAUGAAAUUUCCUUUUGGU